ACGUAAAUGUCCAAAGCGUUGUUUCUACAGUCUAGUAGCCUUCUUUGUAGACGCAAGGUUUUGAGCUGUGGAGUGUCGGCUAUGGCGGAUCCAUCGGCGGCAACCAAGGGCGACGCGACACAAGAUGGCCUGAGUCAGCUCGCGCGGAGCAUUCUUCCUCACAUUCUCAACCUAUACAAUUGCAAGGCGAACGCGGCGGAUUUUGAUGUCUACGCAUCGAAUGCCACGUUUGAGGACCCGCUGAUGCGCGCAAACGGUGUCCCGCAGAUCAAAUCGGCCUUCUACUCCAUUCCCAAGGUGUUUAGCGAGGGACGAAUCUCGGACGACUACAGCGUUGUGGAGGAGCCAGAGAAUGGAGAGAUUCGCAUUGACAACGUCCAACACUACAAGUUUCUGGGCCGGCAAAUCGACAUGCCGUCACUCAUCAAGCUCAAGGUCGAGAAUGGGAAAGUGAUCAGCCACCAAGACUUGUGGCAUAAGCAGCCAUUAAAAUCGAGAGACACAGUGAAGCUCCCGCUGGUGGGACGAUUGGCCGAAUCGGUGAGACGAGGAAACAUGAUGAUCACGCAUUUGCUCAUGGGUUGCGGCAAAGAUCCAGCCACCGCCGCGUAAAAAAUCACAAGAACAGCUCCAAGCUCUUUGGAGCUUUGUAAAAAGAUUAAGAUUCUACCAUUAAUUAACAAGUAAAUAAACUGUGAAGCC